AUGUCCUGGAAGCCUAGCGUUGAGGAGCUUCACGAACUUCUGAGUCCCCGCCGCACCCCAUCGAGAUCACAAAGCCUUUCCAUCGGUAGAGCUAGGUCCGUGGAUCAGGAAGUUUCCGUGACUCCGUUGGGCGGACUGCUUCCCUCGCGAAAGCCAUCACUUACAUCUUCGAUAUCACGUCAUAGCCUAGUCGUAGGCCGUCGCAUGUCCUCUGGCUUUGUUGGGCAUGAUACCGUGACCAGUGUGAUUGCGCCCACAGUGAGACAAAGGUCCUCGAGUUGCUCUGCGACAAUCCACGCUUCAAUGCAACCCACCAAGAUCCAACGAUGGUCGGGUUUGACACGUACUGCCAAAGACUGGGACCAUGGCCUAAGAAGGGACCCCGAAUUGUGGUAUGAGGAUGGUGACUGCUACGUCCAUCUGCACGCAAAGGGUGCUUCGCGGCGCGGUCCGUCUUUUCGUAUCCCUUUUGCAGUAUUGCGACAGAAAAAAUGCAGCGCCAUGCUGAGUCAGUGUGAUGCUCAGCUUGCAUCUACAUCGACAACUGCGUCCGAACCGCUAAGGCGAAUGCCCAGUUCACUUACUAAUUCAAGUCGACAAGCAAGUUCGGUCGAACUCUUCAUACCUACGCCCAAUGAGGUCACUCGACAAAAUGCUUUCAGGUGGCAUAUCACAACUCGCAACUUCUUCGCCUUCCUAUUGGGAAAGCCAUUAGUGGGUGAGCACAUGGGUCAAGCUUUCGUGGAUCUCCAAGAAAGGUUAUGUCUCUUCCGGCCUAGCGAUGUCAACAACCGCGAAGAUUUUCUCGAUUACAUUGAAAAUCAAGGCUAUCGGGAUUUGGUCGAGUGCACUGAUUAUGCGCUCGCGAGUCUCUUCUACGCAGAGCAUUACAAGCUUAGAGACGUUUGGGUUGACGCGUUCGCCCAUUGUGUUGGCAUGAACGAUAGCCUGAUUCUCAGCCCAGAAUUCGCGGCGAUAUCGAGACUCACCAAGGCCUUAAUCACAAGAGCUCAUGUCGAGGUCGGUGCCCAUCUUGGGCGUGUAUCGACUGCCCUUAGCAAUUUCCUUGAAGAAGACCUCUCGCCGAGCUAUCUUGGGCUGACUGAUGCGACUCGAAGCCAUCUUGACCGAUUUCGUCGAUUCUUACAUACCUUCUACGUCGACAAGUUCGGUUAUUGGCCACCGCCACAGGGCCUUAGCUUCCCCAAAGCUCUAUACAAGUCGAUGUAUUAUGACUUCAAAAAUCUCUACGAUUAUCUCGUAGAUACCGAGUCAACGAUUGAUAUUUCGUCACAAAAGCCCGCAAGUGGUGGCAUAUGCGUUCUGCAGAACGUCGUUACAUUCGACCAAAGACUCCAUUUCAACUCACAACCGCACCCAUUGCCGCUUCUACCAACAUACCUACCGCCUCCCAAAAGGACAGACUCAUACAAAGCGUUGAGGCAGCUGACCCUAGCGACACAGCACAACAAGACCCAUACCCAUCACGCGAUGAGCGAUGCUUUGCUAGCCGCGACAAACACUCCAAGCCGGCAUAUGGCGGAAUCCAAGAUCGUCCAGGCCUAUAUGCAUUUCGAGGAGGUUCAUGCUGCGACUAGCGGCCAGCGUGGGGAGAAGAUAACAGCAAUGGAUGCACGCAAAGUGAGAUGGCUGUUGAUAUACGGCACUCUGCAGUAUCUUUUAUCUGCUCUGCAGUCUCCCAAGGAGGUUCGAGAUGCCGAAACUCCAGAAUACCCCCUGUGUUAUGUUGCUGAACCAGCAAUAUCGACUACAAACAGCAGAGACGUAACCCCUUUGGCGACUCCUUCCAUUCAAAUACCUGAGAAGAUUGACGAGACCCUUUCGGAAUCCCAUGCCACCUCUUAUUCAAUACAACCAGAUUGCCAAAGGGAAGACUAUUUCACCCCAACAAAUCGAAGCCGCCGUGGGUCCUUGGAGAUUGCACCACUAAAAGUGUCUCAGUCGCAGCGCGAAUCGUGUGUGCGGUUCUCCGCGAUUCGUUCCCUGUCCACUCGGAGCUCGCGGAGGAACAGUCUUACGACUACCCAAUACUCGCCAACCACUUUAUACGGAUACGGUGAGGAGUUACACCUUUCAGUGCCAUAUUCUCCGCCUUUCGCAAAGCCACGCCCGGCGUCCUCCGUUUACUCCCAACAAUCCCCCACAUCGAUUAUAUUCGACGAGCACAAGGUUGAGACAUCGUGGUUCAGAUCGCGAACGCCUUCUGCAUCACGAAGCAGGCAUGCCUCCAUAGCCAGUAUUGAUGCCGGUCCCACAAAUCAGGGCCGAUUCAUCGGCACUGGUGAGCCUCCCUGUCGAUCGGAUAGCACUAGUUCUACAGGAAGCUCAGUAUGGAGCGAAGGAGCAAGUGCAGUGUCGUCAAAGUCAAGCACUUGCGGAGAGCAUUUUACCCCCAAGGCCAGCGAUGCAGAGGAAAGCGGCUUAUUGGGCGGUCUUGUCUCGGUCGCAAUACCAAUAAGUCCAGCAGAGAGUCACAUCCAUCCGCUAUUGCGGCAGCAGUCCCUAAAACACGAGUUCCAGUUUGGUUUUGACACUGAACCAACGCGUACCCACAGUGUCCACGAGCCAACCGAUGUCACCUCAACCAUCGGCAUGGCCGUGUCCACCCCAUGUGCACCCGUGUCUAGCGUACAACUUGCUUUGGAGAGACAGUGUACCUUUGCUCCUUUUGGGACACCAUCGCUCAUCUCACAAGAGGAACUUUACCUUUCCUCGCAAUGCCUUUCUAUACAAUCAGCUUUAGAAAGGACGUCUUCAAAGAAAGACCGUGGAAGGUCUUCAACCUUUAGCUCGCCCCCAAGUGGCUAUUGGGAGCAAUAUAGAGCUACCCUCACACAGCAAAAGGCAAGGUCAAGCGCCGGAUCGCCGUCGCCGUUGAACGCGAGCUCUGCUCUGCCGUCAAUGUCCAGAUUGCCUACAGUUUUCAAGGUACCUUCGUUUCGCCUUUCCAAGCCAGGUGAAGAGGAAGACCGUAGCGUCAAGAGUGAGCGAAGGAAGUCCACUUUCUGGCGGCGGUAAUCAUGCUCACCGCCAUGUACUUUCUAAUUUGAGCAUCCUUACCAUACGAUGUUAGCGAUUCGCAUUCUUCGUACCCAUGCUCCCAAAACUUUCAAACAAACAUGUUGUAUACCCUCUUAGCUACGAGUAAUUCUUCUCUUGUACCAAUAAAAUAGUCACGAUUCGAUGAA